AUGGCAACAACAAGCUAUUUUAGUUUUACAAAUGAUGAAAAAGAAAUGAUACACAAGAUGCUUUAGCUAUCUGCAAGAGAAUACUAAUAAUUUGAAAAGAAUUUAGAUGCUCUUUUAGAUACAUCUAAAAUGUGUGAUGAGCAUUAACUUGCUUAUUUAUUUUAUGAUGAUAGAUAAUUCUAUUGCCCUAAAUGUUUGAUUAUAUAUAAGCCAUAAGUCUUUCAUUACGUGGAAGAAUUAAAUUAAUAAUCGAUGGAAAACUUAGAUUAAGAACUAAGAAGAUAUUAGAAUUGCCAAGUAUUUAAUGAUUGAUUUAAAAGUUCCCUUAAAUUAAUUUUAAAGAGAGAGCUUAAUCCAUAAGAUAGUAACUAAAUAUAAAUUAAGGAAAUGUAAAAGAAUCAUUCAUUAUUUAGAAUUAAAUAAGCAAUCAAGUUGGUGAGUCUUAAAUAGUGUACUAAUAAUAAAAUUCUGAUGUUCAAAUUCAUUAAGUUGAAUCCUAAAAUUCUGAUGUUCAAAUUCAUUAAGUUGAAUCCUAAAAUUCAUUAAUUGAUGCUUUAGAAAAAAGAAGAAAAUUUGUUGAAGUCUAAAAAUUUAUAUCUUAUAUAUCUAUUGAAAAAAACAAUAGAAAAGUACAUGAUGAUAUGCAUACUACUGAUGAAAUAAUGAGACCGAAAUUGGAAUCAAUUAUAGAUUAAUCAAAUGGUGAAAACAAUUUUGAUACCAUUUUUAAAAAAUUUCUAAGGAAUUAAUAAUGAU